UUGUUGAAAAAAAACUAAGUACUUGGCCAAAACAAGUUAUAUAUACCAAAACUUCACACACACACACACUAGAGCUCACAUAAUCUUGUAAAAAUGGCAACUUCAAUUCUCCUCUCACACCCUUUUUCUCCUUUAUUAUCAAAACAACACCAUAAAAUUCCAAGUCCCAAACAAACCAUAGCCAUAGCAUAUCACUCCACCAACAAACCCACCACCAAGACUCCAUUUUUAUCAUUUCCAACUUCCUUUUUUCCAUUUCCCUCAAACCCCAGAAAGGAAUUUUGGCCAAUUUCAGUGGGAAGAACACAAACAGAUGAAAAAGAUGAAAUCUUGGUGGUGGGUGAAGAUUCUGCUGAAUUUGAGUUAUCCAAACAAAAGAUUUCAUCUUGGGUUUAUUUUACUGGGAUUCUUGGUGUUGUGCUUUAUGUUCUUAAUGUUGUUUGGAUUGACAAUUCUACUGGAUUUGGAAAAUCAUUCAUUGAUUCUGUUUCUAGUAUUUCAGAUAGCCCUGAGAUUGUAAUGCUUUCCCUUACCUUGAUUUUCGCUAUAGUCCACAGCGGUCUUGCUAGUCUUAGAGACAAAGGUGAGGAACUCAUUGGAGAGCGUGCUUUUCGUGUAUUGUUUGCUGGGGUAUCUCUGCCAUUGGCAGUCAGCACAAUAGCGUAUUUCAUUAACCACCGAUACGAUGGAGUGCAGUUAUGGCAAUUAAACAGCAUUGCUGGGAUUCAUGAACUAGUUUGGAUUUCUAACUUUAUUUCCUUCUUCUUCCUAUACCCAUCGACAUUCAAUUUACUAGAGGUAGCAGCUGUUGACAAGCCCAAGAUGCAUCUUUGGGAAACUGGGAUUAUGAGGAUUACCAGGCAUCCACAGCUGGUUGGGCAGGUGAUAUGGUGCUUAGCUCACACGCUGUGGAUUGGGAAUUCAGUUGCAGUGGCAGCCUCAGUAGGUUUGAUAGGACAUCAUCUGUUUGGUGCCUGGAAUGGGGACCGGAGGUUAGCCAUACGAUAUGGUGAGGCUUUUGAAGUCGUGAAGAACAGAACGAGUAUCAUUCCAUUUGCUGCUAUUCUUGAUGGUCGUCAAAAGUUGCCUGAAGAUUAUUACAAGGAAUUUAUCAGAUUGCCAUAUUUAUCGAUAACAGCAUUGACAUUAGGUGCCUACUUCCUCCACCCCAUUAUGCAAGCUGCCAGUUAUCGGCUACACUGGUAGUACCACUGAUGUUACAUAACUCGUUUCCAUAUAAGAAAUCGUGAUCACGAGUUGUAUAUUUUUUUUUCCCAAUAUAUAUUGGUUACUGUUGUCUAUUUAACUACUGUUGGAAAACAAAGAAAGAAAGAA